CUCCUCUUCAUGUGGCAGUGUCAAUAAGGAAAUAUGCAUAAAUUAUUCCGGAACGUCAUUUUUGUAAAGAGAGAGUCAGGUGGCCGCCGAAAGUAGUCUUGUUUCAAAGAUCCACAGAAAACAAGGCAAAGAUGGCAGACGGUGUUGAACUUAUGAUGACUAUGAUCAGCAUGAUCAGUACCAUGUGGCCGCCACAAGCCACUGUCUAUGAUGGAUGUGCCUUUGACUUCAUCGUCGUCGGUUCCGGCGCAGGUUCGGUCGUGGCUAAUCGGCUGUCAGAGAGAUCCGAUUUCAACGUCCUGCUCAUUGAAGCCGGAGAUAUACCAGAUGAUGAUACUAGAAUUCCAGCUAAGUUCGGAAGUGUUAUAAAUACGCCCUGGGAUUGGAACUUUACUGCCGAGGCGGACGCGACGUCUGUCUCUCAAGAAAAGGGUCGCUUCAGCGUACCACAUGGCAAAUUGUUAGGUGGCACCAGCUCUAUCAACCAUCUCUUUUACCUCCGCGGCGAUCCUGCUGAUUUCAAUGAAUGGGCUGAUCUCCUUAAUGAUCCAUCAUGGAGAUACGAUAAUAUUGUUCCCUAUUUUAAUAAAAUUGAAAAUAAGAAAUAUGAACCGGUUAUGAAUUCACCAAGAGAAUCUAUCAGGAGCAAUGGAAUGAUGUCCAUAACAUCACAGCCGACUGACGUAUCUAAGAGAUACAUAGAAGCUUUCGAUGAAGUCGGUUACCCUGCCAAUCCGGACAUGAAUGGUGGUAAUAUUAUGGGUUACGGUGACACGCAGUACCAUUCAGACGUGGUCAGACAAGAUACGGCUAUGAACUAUAUUUUACCCGCCCGGAACCGUCCUAACUUCCACCUUUUGAAGAAUGCAUUUGUCACCAAAGUCAUUAUAGAAAAUAAAGUGGCAAUCGGAGUAGAAGUUGUAUUGUUUAAUAACGAAAAAAUUAUUAUUAAAGCGAAUAAUGAAGUUAUCGUAAGCGCUGGAGUAGUUAACUCGCCAAAAUUGCUCAGUUUAUCAGGAGUUGGACCCAAAGAGGUACUUGAAAAGUAUGGCAUUCCUGUGGUGGUCGACUUACCUGUUGGUGAAAAUUUGCAGGAGCACGUUGUGGUGCCUGUAGUGCACAAAAUGGAGUACUCGACAGCUAAAAAGACUGUUGUUUCAUCAGAUAAACUUCCGUUUCCAUUUCUCCUUGGCUCAUGUAGUCUUAAUGGUCAGGCUCCUCCUGAAUAUCAGACCACGGUCGCAUUGUUAGAACACGAUACUGAUUUCUUGAUGGCUCUCUGCUCUGGAGUGUUUGGAAUUAAAACAGAGACCUGCACGAUGUUGGUCGAUGAGUGUGCGGGUAGAGAUGUAAUGUACAGCUUUGUCACUAUUUACAAACCUGCAUCUCGUGGUUCAGUGACUAUUCAAAGCGCCGAUCCUUACGUCUAUCCUAAAAUCAAGUUCAACUUCUACGAAAAUAAAACAGAUCUCACAAACAUGGUUUUGUAUAUAAAAGACUUCUUGUCGAUCGGUAAUAGUACAUAUUUCAAAAAUGCUAAAGCAGAGUUGAUCAUGCCGGAGCUUGACGAUUGUUCUGGCGAUUAUUGGGAAUGCUACACUAUGCAGAACACCGUCCAUAUGUUCCACCCGACAAGCACUUGUCCCAUGGGUACAGUACUCGACAGCAAGGCCAAUGUGAAAGGCUUGAAACGCCUUAGAGUGGUUGAUUCGAGUGCUCUCCCCUCCAUUACCAGAGCCAAUAACUUAGCUGCUGUUAUUAUGUUGGCCGAAAAAAUUUCUGAUGAUAUCAAAAAUAGUUAUCCACGGUGUUAAUUCUGGAUUUCUUUGAGAUAUUAUAGUGAUGAUCAGAGAUAUUACUUUCUAUUUCUAGUUAUAUACUUCAUACAUUAUAUGUAAUAAUUAUUAUUGUUAUUCCACUGGCAAUAAAACUUUAUUUUUAAGCAGUUUCUGAACAUUUUUUGAUAUAUAGACACACCGUUAAAUAAUAAAGCAAAUGCACUGUUUUUUCGUAAAAUAUACUAAAUAGUAAAAU